AAACAGGCCAGCAGUCCCCGAGUCUCAAUCGACAUUCACUGCUAGCUCAAUCGUCGAGCAAUCGGCGUCAUUAUUUCGAUUUAAAAAAUUACUACUAGAAACAAUAAAUAUAAUUUAAAAAUACAAAAAAAAAAGUGUUAAAUAUUGUUUAUUAAUUGUUUAAUAUAUUUAUACAUUUGUUUAUGGUAGAUAAUUAAUUUCUCUAAAUUAAUUUAUCAAUUUCGUUUGAAAAUGGAAAAAGAGCAACUUGAUUCUCUAGCAACAGUUGCUGUUGGUUCUGAAAAAAUACCAUCUCAUCAUUAUGCACCAAGUGAAGUUUAUUCCUCAUCAGAAUCACCACCGGCAUACCGACCUUCAAUGAAAAGUACUGCUGUUCAAAUAACAAAAAUAAUAGCAAUAACACUAAUUGCUGUAUCAUUUAUCAUUGGAGGUUUUAUUUUUGCUGGUGCUUGGAUCCAAGCAAGAUCAUCAUGCACACCAGAAGCAAUUGCUUCAAUGCAAGUUCAACAUGAAAUGUUCAAGAAAUUACAACCAGAGGCCCUGAUCCAGACUCAGCCAGAGGCUAGAGAUAGUCUUCAGAGUCUAGAUGUUAUCGAGCCAACAAAAGAUCAACAGCCAGAUACAAAAGAUAUUAAAAUUCAUAAAGAUGAUGAUGAUGAUAAUUCAAAAACUGACAAUGAAAGUGGUGAUGAGAAUGAGAACGAUGAUGACUAUGAUGAACCAGAAUACACACCAAUUCAUAUUAAAUUACCCCUACAACUUGAUCUUGAUGAUCUUGCUGGUACACUUAUGCAGCAAGCAAAAAAUCUUGUAUCAUGUGUUGUUGAACGUCGUAGAUCUGAUGAUAAAGAACAAUCAAAAAAACGUAAUGGUGAACGUGUAUCAAUUAUUUGUGAAUCAAAUGAACCACGUCGUCAAGAACAACAAGAACAAGAAAUGUUAACACCAAUUAUUGUACCACUUGGUUCAAUGCAUAUGCCAAUGCAACAACAAGAUCAUGAUUAUCACAGAUAUCAAACACAUAAUCAAUAUCCAAUUGGUGAUAAUAAUCAUCGUCAUAAUUUUAUUAAUUCACGUGGUAUUGUUAAUGACAUGGCAUCACAAGUAUUACAAAAUAUUCCACAAAUGAUGGAACAACGUAUGAGAAGCCAAGGACCAUUUAAUCAACAUCCAAUGGGAGGUAUGAGACCAAUUCCAAUUGAACUUCGUCGUAUGCCAAUUGAAAUGAUACGUGGAAUGAGACCACCAAUGGAUAUGGAUCAAGUUUAUCAACAAGCUAAACAACAACAAGCAUAUCAAGAACAUCAAAAACAACAAGCAUUCCAACAACAACAACAACAACAACAGCAACAACAACAGCAACAAGCUUAUGCACAAGAACAACAAGUCCAAGGAAUGAUGCAUCCACCACCACCACCAUCAGAAUCACAAGAAUUACCACAAGAAAAUUCACAAGAUGUACAAGUACCACGUAUGAUGACACCAAUGGUUAUACGUGCACAAAUUGAAUCAAGAUUACCACAAACAGAUGAUAGCUCAGAAAGACAAUCAUUAUUUCCAUUUCAAGGAAUACAAAUAAGACGUCUUAUACAAUCAAUACCAAGUGAAUUAAAAAAUAUAUUUCAACAAGGUAAUGGUGGUGAGCCAAGACCAAUGGUACCAGAAGGUGCAAGACGUGAACAAGUUGAAGAAUUUAAACCAUUUCCUGAAACACGUACAAUAUCAUUAGACUCAUUAAUGUUACCAAUUGAAAUACGUAAUGUUCUUGAACAUGGUAAUAUUGAAGGUCGUCGUCAAGAUGAUUCUGAAGAACAACAAGAAUCAAUUAAACCAACAACACCACCAGCAACACCAGCACCAGCAACAGCUGAUGAACAAAAUAAUAGCAAUGAUGAUGAAGAAAAAAAAUUACCAGCUGAUAUUAAAACAUUUAUACAUCAAAUUGUUGAAGGAUUAGCAUUUCCAGUACCAAUGAAUAUAAGACCAAUUGAAUCAAUGGAAAUACCAAUGGAAGUUAGAGCACGUGUUAUGGGUACAGUUGAAAAUGAUGAUAAUAAUAAAGAACAUCAAGAUGAACAAGAACAAUCACAUGCUGAAGAACCAAUUGUUCAACAACAAGUAUCACAACAAAAUCAACCACAACCAAUUCAACAAAAUAAUCAGCAAAUAAUGCAACAAAUUCCACAACAAAUUCAAGCUCGUGUUGUACCUGUUCAACAUGAUCAAGAAAGAAAUCAAUAUAUGCAGUCAAUUCGUACAACUCGUCUUAUGCCAGUAGCAUAAGCCCAGAGCUGCUGAUUUUUUAAAAAUAAAAAGCAGAAAAAAAAAAAAAAAA